AUGGCGUGUGAAGUGUACGUACACCGCAAAGACAGGUGCGCGCUUUGCAAGAGAGGAUGGCGAAAGCAGCGUGUUUCUGGCGCUGCGUGGCCGUCCUCGUCUUCCAUCUUCCUUCGUACCGGAUUCCUUGUUGUGCCGCUUUGCUGGCUUCACAUUCUUCUAUUCACCUGCACACCGGAAGGGCCCGUUCCGGUGCUUUUGGCGAGCGUUUCUGCCCCGCUGAAUUUCACUGACACCGUCAGUCCGAGCGGAGGAGACGCGAGCGAUCUUCUCAACCAGCUGCAGGCGUUUCCGGAGCUACGGCUUCCUGAAGGUUCCUCUGACCGAGCCAGUGGCGCAGGUUGCAAGGGGGAUGGGGAAUCUGCCUCAGGGCGUUGCGUAGAGGAUUCUUUGUUCUCUUCAGCCGUGCCUCCUUCGAUUCAGCUCGCUUACGAGGCUGAGCUUUCGUGCUUUUUCUCUCCGUACGCAUCCUCGCUGCAUGCGUAUUCGGCGUAUCUUCCGGUUCUGCGUGCGCCGCGGCCUUCUUCGCUGGAGCUUCUCGAAGCGCUCCUGGGCGCAGCGCGCGCUCUCACCGUCUUGGCGCCAGGCGGCGACGAGCAAAGCGGAGGCGACGCCAAGCGCGCGAAGUCUUCUGCACGGGGGGGACACGCGCAGAGGAAGGCAGGCGAGUUUUUUGUGUGUCUGGCCAUCAGUGUGGCCGACGAGGACGGACGCGCCUUCUGCUGCGCGACCUGCGGCGUCCGCGCCCCUCGACCUGCCUUCUGGCGUCUUCGCGCUCCCCCUCGCCGUCCUGUUGUCGACCCCCGCGCUGCUGUUUGCCUCUGCGGACGCGGAGCUCUCUCGGCGCGCGAUCGCGCUGUUGCCGCCGUACGAGCAGACUCCGUGGCGCGGCCGCUGCAGGCCGCGCUCGCGCUGCACUCUUUCCAUUCGUCUCGCGGGCCUCGACGCGCCGGAAACCGCCAAGCGAGGCCAGCGAGAGGAUCCGCUUGCGAAACCGAAGGCCGCCCCCCUCUCCCUCCAGGCGACCGCGUCGACAUUGACGCCGGCGGACAGCCCUUCGGCGUCGCCGCCGCUGCUCGCCUGGCUGCUGAGGCCCUCGGGAGAGUGGUGCUUGUGAAGCACUUGGGCUUGGAUCGGUACGGGCGAACCCUCGCGCGCGUCUUCCGCGUCACCCGCGAGGGCGCGUUCGUCGAGGCCGUGCGCAAUGCCACAACAGAGCCCAAAGGCCCCCUCCAGACUGCAGAGGAGGCGGCGGGAGGACGCGACGCGCACGCGGCAGCAGAGCGCGACACAGGGGCCCCACGAGACACCGACCCUGGCGCAGACACGAGGCGGCUGGCCGGCCAGGCCGCGGCGGUCAAGCGGCGGAGUCGCUCCGCGGGAGCGCCGCGCGUCGCGGGCCUGGCGCCUGGGGCGGCGAAGUCUGAGGCGCAGAAACUCGUUGCGAGGGCUGGAGCCGACGAGCGACGAGUCGCGCGUGCGCUUUUCGUCGAGCAAGUCCUCAACAGCAAAAACACGGAAGACAUCGGCGAUGUUUUGCUCCGGGAAGGACUGGCUGUCGCGUACACGCGCGGCGGAGCCAAGUUCGAUGAACGUGAGAAGGAACUUCUCGCGCUCGAGCACAAGGCCCAGCAACGCGCUGUGGGUGUGUGGAGUGUGCCAGAAAGCGUGAGGGAGGCGCCCCACGAAUACAGGCGGCGGCAAAGAAGCAGAGCGGAUGCGCCGCCACCUCGCCGCCACUAG